CGAGUUUUCUGCCUGUGCUGAAUGCAUUAGUCUAAUGAGAUGUUUGCAGCUGGAGCACAGGGCUGCUGGAGACUAACUGUGAGCUACUAACACGGGUGGAAGAUAGCUUUUGCAAUACUCGGUUUGCAUGUGCUGAAAGUCAUCUGUCUUCUGAGUCAACACUCCUGACCUGGUAAACAACCUGCUCAGGGCUCUGGUGAACAAGCUGUAGAUGUGCCAGACACUGAACGAGGAGGGGAUACAUGGAAGAAGACACAGAGCCUUCUCCGAGGAGCUCAAGCGUAUUAGGACAGAGAGGCAAGGAUGCCAAAGAAUGGAAUAACAUGUUCACCUCUUCUGCCUGUGAGCGAUUUGUCACCUCAUUCUGUAAGACUGGCACCAGCAGAAAUGCAGUCUCAGAGGAUCCCGGGGAGAAAGCGAGGCCGACCCUCACUUCACUCCACACCUAUGAAGAUGGCAGUUCAUAACCUUUAUUCUGCUUCAGCUGGCUCUUUACCAGCAGUGAAGAUCCCAAAGAAAAGAGGGCGGAAACCCGGGUACAAGAUCAAGUCUCGGGUUCUCAUGACUCCCUUAGCCCUCUCACCUCCACGGAGUACCCCAGAGCCUGACCUCAGCUCCAUCCCUCAGGACGCAGCCACGGUCCCCAGCUUGGCGGCCCCACAGGCUCUCACAGUCUGCCUCUACAUUAACAAGCAGGCCAAUGCGGGGCCCUACCUGGAGAGGAGGAAGGUGCAGCAGCUCCCGGAGCAUUUCGGGCCUGAGCGGCCCUCGGCGGUGCUGCAGCAGGCUGUCCAAGCCUGCAUCGACUGCGCCCACCAGCAGAAGCUGGUUUUCUCCCUGGUCAAGCAGGGCUACGGUGGCGAGAUGGUGUCAGUCUCAGCUUCCUUUGAUGGCAAACAGCACCUGCGGAGCCUGCCUGUGGUGAACAGCGUGGGCUAUGUCCUCCGCUUCCUUGCCAAGCUGUGCCGAAGCCUCCUGUGCGACGACCUCUUCAGCCACCAGCCCUUCCCCAGGGGCUGCAGUGCCUCUGAGAAAGUUCAGGAGAAAGAGGAAGGAAGGAUGGAAUCAGCCAAGACAGUCACUACUGAAGAGUACCUGGUGAACCCUGUGGGCAUGAACCGCUACGGUAUGGACCCCUCCGCCUCCACCUUUAACCACAGGGGCUCCUUGCCCCCCUCCUCCUCGCUGUACUGCAAGAGGCAGAACUCUGGAGACAGCCACCUUGGGGGAGGUCCUGCUGCCACCGCUGGUGGUCCCCGCACCAGCCCCAUGUCUUCUGGUGGCCCCUCGGCACCUGGGCUGAGGCCCCCAGCCUCCAGUCCCAAAAGAAAUGCAACCUCUCUUGAAGGAAACAGAUGUGCCUCAAGCCCUUCUCAGGAUGUGCAGGAUGCCAGGCGGCCACGGAGCAGGAAUCCCUCCGCCUGGACUGUGGAGGACGUGGUGUGGUUUGUGAAGGACGCUGACCCGCAGGCUCUGGGGCCUCACGUGGAGCUCUUCAGAAAGCACGAGAUUGAUGGCAAUGCUCUGCUGUUGCUGAAGAGUGACAUGGUCAUGAAGUACCUGGGCCUGAAGCUGGGACCUGCACUAAAACUCUGCUACCACAUUGACAAACUGAAGCAAGCCAAGUUCUGACUUUUUAAAAAAGACAGAAGCGAAACCCAAAACAACAGAUCUCAAGAUUAUCUUCUGCCUUACCAACAUCCCACCAACAUCACAAAAUAGACUCUCCUCUUAAAAUUAACAGCCACAAAGACGUGGUCUUUUUAUAAAACUUGUGAAUCUUUGCCUUUUAAAGAAUUUAACGUGGACCUUUUUGAAAGGCUCCUCUGUGUUAAUAAUUUGCCAAAAAAUUACAAAAGCCUCUGAUUUUUAACAUCCCUGUUAUGCUGAUUUCUCUUAAAGUGGGUCCUAUUUGCAUAAUGAGAGAGUGUGGAACUGAAUGCUUAUGUCCAAGGAAAGUUCUGGAGGGUUCAAAGGAUGAAAGAAGGACCUUUCCCUGCAGUCUCCGCAGGGACACCCACCUCAGCACCAUCUGCCUCUAACUCUGACCUGGGGACCUAUCCGUGUGAGCCUUGUUUGCCUCAGCUCUGGAAGCUGACUUCUGAAGAUGACUGCCUCACCUUGCACUAUCUGGAAAACUUGAAUUAUUUUGCUCCAUGAAAGAAAAGGAAAAAAAAUAAAAAAACUUUUCUAUUCCUAGAAAAUCUGAAGUACUGUGUUGCUCCGCUAGAGGGCAGACUGCUAAUGAAAUUUCAGGACCCUGACUGACUGCCGUAGCAAGAUUUUUCAGUACUGCGUGGAUGGGUUACGGUGUCUGUGAACAAGAUCUAGCCCACACAGAAACAGGGGAUUUAUUCCACAGUUAGCACCACAGAUUGCGACUUGGGAAGAAACCAUCAGCUAGAGGGGUCUAGUUCGUAUCCAAUCAUUAUUGACUGACUGACUGAUACUCAACUAGCAAAGGCAAGAAUUUGGAAGCACGCUCUACCCAGAUGGGACUUUGGAGUUCCUUCUCUUCCAGAGUCCUCAUUGAGGUGUUGAAGUGUUGGCAUGCCGAAGAAUCUUAGUGACAUUUAGCCAUGGGUGUUUCUUUAAAAAAGGAAAAGAAAAUGUCUCAACGAAGCUUUGAAAUGGGAGAGUGUUGAUUUCUAGUUACAUUGCUGGGUUAUGUAGUUGUAUCUGUGGCUAAUUUUUCUAGUCCUCAACAAAUACACAGACAUGCUAUUAUGGGGUUUAAUUCAAUUUACAGAUAGGUUUUCCUUCCUCACCGUGGAGUAAUAGAAAAAAUUGAUUUUCUGCCCCUUUGCAGCUGUGUCCAGAGAAGGACAAUGAAUCCACAAUUUAUUAGGCAGAGGGACAACUUCUCCACCAUUCAUUUUAUCCUUCCCUUUUCUCUAUUUCCCUCCCUGUCUCUUCUUCUUCUUCACACUGAGCAGAAAACAUACCUUCAAAAUGAAUUCGCCUUUGCCAUGUGUAUAAUCUCUUCCUUAAAAGGACAUCAACAGUGUCAGAGAUGAGGAGAUGAACAUUAGAUUUUGGAAUUUCUGGGAGGGAGAGGGUUAGGGAUGACUCAGGGCCUCCCUUGGCCCAGUGGUGAAUCAGAAAAAGCACCCGUUUCUCCGGGAUACAACCUGAGCAGGGGUCUCAGCUGGCAAGUGGAGCAGGGUGGGAGCUCAACUUCCUCACCCCUUGAUCAGCUGCUGUUGUGCAGAACAUGAAUUGCAUAACCUUGAGGGCAGCCCUGGGUAGAUCUGCAUAGUGACCCUCUAUAUAGUUAGAAUCCAGAUGAAGGCCAGAAGAAAUAGUCCAUGUCAUGCCGUUAGACCCGCUUUGAUGUGCUGUAUUUGAGAAAGCACAUCGUAGCCUCCUUUUCAGACACACAAAUGGUGGCUGGAGUGAGAGCAUAGCAGAGAAGGGGAGGAGGAGAAUGUACUAAACUUGCUCACUGAAUUGAGCUAGAGUGUGGAAGAGCUUGAUGUCUGAUGGUUUUGUUACAGGAACGGGUUCCCGAUCCAGACCUCAAGAAAGGGCGCUUGGAUCUCGUGCAAGAAAGAAUUCAGGGCGUGUCCAUAGAGUAAAGUGAACGCAAGUUUAUUAAGAAAGUAAAGGAAUGAAAGAACGACUACCUCGUAGUCAGAGCAGCUCUGAGGGCUGCUGGUUGCCCAUUUUUAUGAUUAUUUAUUGAUAAUAUGCUAAACAAGGGGGGAGUAUUCAUGCCUCCUCCUUUUAGAUCAUAUAGGGUAACUUCCUGACAUUGCCAUGGCAUUUGUAAACUGUCGCGGCACUGGUGGUGGUAUAGCAGUGAGGACAACCAGAGGUCACUCUCGUUGCCAUCUUGGUUUUGGUGGGUUUUAGCCAACUUCUUUACUGCAGCCUGUUCCAUCAGAAGGUCUUUAUGACCUGUAUCUUUUGUGCUGACCUCCUGUCUCAUCCUGUGACUCAGAAUGCCUUAGCCAUCUGGGAAUGCAGCCCAGUAGGUCUCAGCCUCAUUUUACCAGCUCCUGUUCAAGAUGGAGUUGCUCUGGUUUAAACGCCUCUGACAGGUUCAGCACCUGAGAAAAGUACCUUGAAUCAGGCCUUGGGGCAGAGUCUUCAAGAUUUUAAGGUGAUAGGGCCUGUCUCUCAAGAGUUUAUUAAUGGUAAGUGCUCACUGCUAGUCUAGACUUAGAUACAUUUCCCUCAAAACAGCCACGGACAGGUUAUGUAUUCAGAACUGCCAGUGCGAAAACAAUGAGAUCCAGAAAAAUCCCACAAUAACCCAGGUUUUUCACUCAUCUUUAUUUUUCUCAAUCUUCCGAUACUUGUGGUACCUCUUCCAUGAACAGAUACCUCAUGUAGUGACUUCCAGUAAUACGUUUUCAAAACUUCCUACCCACCCUCAUCAGCGCCUCCCUCACUACAGAGUCACAAACAUUGGUGCUUUCAAAUAAAAAUCAGCCCCAAACAAUGUCAGAGAUCCCUCGAGUAGUUUUCAGGGGAGAGAUAGGUUCUCAUUUCAAGUCUCGGAGAAAACUGGAUCCACGUUCACGUGGAACUGCUCUCACGGAGGUGCUAUCUCAUUUCGCAUUAAACUUUAAGCAGGACAGAUUGCUGAAGCCAUGAUAUUUAAGGUUUGACUUUUUAAAAAUCUCAUUACUCUUAAAAUAAAUGCUGCCACAUCAGAGAAUAA